AUCGCCCUCUUCCCAUACCUUUGUGUUUUUUUCUCACUUUUUCUUGAUCUCUUUUCUUUCUGAUUCACAUUGACCAAUCCACUAUGGAGCACCAAAGCUUGUGCUUGUGCUUGAUCUUGAGCUUGAGCCUUGUUUUGCUUGGUGGCCGAUCGGUAGCCGGAGCCAAUGAUCUGACCACCAAGUGCAGCCAGAAUAUUCAGAAGGUGAUGCCGUGCCUGAGCUACGCGACGGGAAAGGAGGCAGAGCCGACAAAGCAGUGCUGCGAGGCGACGUCGAGCAUCAAGGAAAGCAGCCCGGAGUGCUUGUGCUUUGUAAUCCAGCAAACGCACAACGGAAACUCUCAGAGUAAAAGCUUGGGGAUUUCGGAAGCUAAGCUGCUUCAGCUUCCUUCUGCUUGUAAAUUGGCUGUUAACAUGUCUAAUUGUCCAAAUCUUCUGGGUCUCCCUGCUAACUCGCCGGACGCAGCAAUCUUCAAGACUGCUAAUUCUUCAUCGGCGGCGACCCCGGCCACCACCAACGCCGUCACCGCAAGGUCCAACAGCUCGGCGGAUUCAGGUUCGAUCGGAAGCACACUUCGACCACCUCUCUUCGCCGACAUAUUAGCUGUGGCUUUGGCCGUCCUUAUCGUUGCAUUUCCAACCUCAGGGUUUCUCAGUGUUUUCACAUGAAACAAUUAUAUAUUAUCUAUUAUAAGGUUUCGGCCUUUUUGUCGUUUACUAGGGCUUUGAUUUUAAGUGUUGAUCCACAAAGGAGGCGUGUUCGUUGGCAUAUUUCCUUCUGCAAUUUGCCUGUUCGGUGGUAUACUUUCUGAUGACAAUCUUAUAAGCCUCUUUGAUCAAUGUUUUAUUACGAUUACUAGUUGCUAUAACUACUAGUUCUAUUUUAACGUCAUCUUCUCUUU